AUGGUUACUGAUGCACAACAAAUACACCCUAACCAUACCCCACUCGCACCACACGCAGAACAGUCAAUGACGUCUGUGCCAUACCAACGAACACGCGCAGCACGAAGGAGCCUACGCACACAAGUGAGCUCAAGUCGCACACACACACGGGGGAGCACAAGUCGCACUGUCAGAACACGACCAGUGGAAGCAGACACGAUGCCAGUUUCACAGACAUCGUCUCGUACUACCACUCCACGCAAUGGAAAAAGGGGCAUGCACAUGGACGAUGAGUCCACACCAGCAAGAGCUCCAAUGGAUCCCGCGACGAGUAAGUACAACAUAGUCUUGGAUAAGACCAUCUAUGCAGGCAACUACUGUGUAGUAGAUAUACUAGUAGACAAGUUGUAUGCGCAGACAGCGGACGAUCCCAUUGACAUCAGAGAAUUUACAAACUGCGCAAAGCAGUUCAUGAACAACAACCCAAGCGAAUAG